AUGAACUCUAAUUCAUUUUUGCUCUUUGGAGCAUACCAUUCAGGUCUUCAUAGUCUAUUUACGUUAUUUCAAAAUGCUUUUAGUUCGGCUUCAUCGUCGUGUAAAGUCAAAGUGCUCGAUAUAUGCCAGUUGGGUGAACCAUUUCGAACGAUCGGGAGAGUAGCAAAUAGUCCCUUCGUUAUGGCUGCAAAUGAUCAAUAUAUGUUAAUUCAAAAUGGUCCAAAUAUUUGCCUUAUAAAUACAAAAAUGAAAGUAGUUCGAGAAAUUGAAUGGACUUGUGGAAGGAUUAGUGAUCUAUGCUGGAACACAAAACUCAAUCAAAUUUAUAUCAUUAGUGAUUAUAAAGUAUUUAUAAUGGGUCCACAAACUAUGGACUACCAAAAGAUACUUGAAGGGAAGUAUUAUGAGAGUUGCACUUGUUCACGCGACACACUUUAUCUUACUAUCUGUCCACCUCGAGAAGUGUUAGCACACUCGUUCUCUGAUCUUCUCUCGUCUAAAUCUGUUUUUAUGUGUCGUGGGAAUGACCAUGUUGAAGGCAUGUCUUACAAAGCUGGCAAACUUGCUUUGAUUAUGAAUAGUCGACUUGGAACAAAGCCUCAUGUCGUAAUUCUAUCAACAACAACAUACGAUUGUUUAUUCGAAAUUACUAUCACCGACGCUUUUGGCAGGCAACGAUGCAGUAUUUCAUCACUCGGUUUAAGUGGCUGGCUUGUAAACGAUUCGGACACAUACAAUAUUCAUCACCUCACAAAGGACAACAUACUUCGAAUGACACCGAUUUAUAAAUACGGCCAGCCGUAUAAUGUAAUUCGACUUGGAGCUGAUUAUUUAGCGGUCUCGACAGCAACCACUAUUAAUCUACACAAAUUAAAAUUUGUGUCAGUAGACGAUUUGACUCCGUCAGAAGUAUAGAAGAAGGAUUUUACAGUUUAUAGUCAUGUGGAAGUGCCAGACUUCAACUCUAUCUAUUAGAAUGAGAGACUUUUGUGUACUCAAAAAGUGAGUACACUCUAGAAUCGAUCAGUGUCUCCGUCCGUCCGUUUACAUGAUAACUUUUGAAAGGAGAGUCCAAUCGCGAUGAAAUUUUCUGCACAGUUCAGUCUUAACAAUAUCUCAGAUGUGGGUGUGGGUGUGGGUGUGGGUGUGGGUGUGGGUGUGGGUGUGGGUGUGGGUGUGGGUGUGGGUGUGGGUGUGGGUGUGGGUGUGGGU